GGAAAGGCCUGAAAUUCGUUGGUGUACAGACGACGAGACAUGUGAUGGGACCUAAGCAAGAAGGACUGCAGAGCGCCCAAACAACCGACGGACAUGGCCAGCAAGCUAUAAAGGAGAUUGGAGGGUUGUUUGGAGGACACAAGGCGGUGCGGUUUGUAGAGGAAGCUGGGGGAGCGGUAAUGCCGCCUUCUAGCUUUCUCGGAGUAGACGGCGCGAAUGAUUCGAAGAUUGCCAAGCCAUCAGCAGGACGACAAGAAGAGCGUCGUCGAAAAUCGUCCCGGCAGUUCGGUGGGAAGGUUACCGGUAGGAGCAAGAAAACUGUGGAUGGGAGUGAGGGGUUAGUGAUGUCAGGGCCGGAGAUGGAGGGAUCUAUGGAAGGGUUCGGGGAUAAAACUAGAUUGUUAAGGGGAGCAGAAGAAGAGCCCUUGCCUUCGGCAGAGGGAACGCACUCCACAGAUGAGCCUCCACCAUAUGAGGAUGGGAGGGGUUCUGUGGGGGUAUGUAACAGAGGUGUUAAAGGCAUGAAAAGCUGUUACUGCUGCUACGCAAAUAAGGGAGGAUAUAUUGCCCUAGAGAGUUGAAGGAUAUUGGGAACCUACGAAGAGAAGGCCC